GGGACGAGGGGCGGGGGUCGGGGGAGGGAAUUUCACCAGCGUGCGAGAAGCAACUGAGAGCUCGACGACGCCGAGUCGACUCUCUUGCGAGAGAGGAGAGGAGGGAGGGAGCUGGGCGUGGACCAAUAGAAUGGACAGGCUCUAGGACACACCACACCAGCACAAGCUUUGCUUGCGUUUGCUCGUCGAGAAAAGGAGGAUUGGAGCGAUUAUUGGUGCGAGGGAUAGGACCCUCCUAGGUUUGCGACGCGGACGAGACGAGGGAGACGACGUUCGACGAGCGUGCGAUACAGGGCGCGCGAGUGUCAGAGAGAGGGGGAGGAAUAUGUGUCGAAACCUCAUCGAUGCCACGCUCACACUCCGGACCUUAACCACCACCGAGUACAGAGGACUCGAGGUAUAACGAGAAUCGACAAUAGUGAACUUGUCCAGGCCUCGACGAGAGCGCGGGAAGAACGGGGUUGAGGCGAGGCGGAGGGAGGGAGUGAGGUAGUGAGGGAGCUGAGGAGGAGAACCAAAGCAAGAGGAGAUAGUAGGCGGCACGGGGAGAGAUGGCGGAGAAGCUGUUGGACUUUACGCAGCCGUUUGAUGUCGGGCUUCUUGAUGCCACUGUCGCUGCUUUUUACGGCACAGGGUCGAAAGACGAGAGGGCAGCGGCUGAGAGAAUCCUCAGACAGUUGCAGGAGCACCCUGAUACGUGGACUCGCGUCGUGACUAUCUUGCAAAAUUCGGGGAACUUGAAUUCGAAGUUUUACGCCCUUCAGGUCCUGGAAGGUGUCAUCAAGUAUCGGUGGAAUGCCUUGCCGAUGGAACAACGGGAUGGGAUCAAGAAUUACAUCUCAGACCUUAUCGUUCAGUUAUCAAGCAACGAGUCCUCAUUUCGACAUGAGCGACUUUACGUCAACAAACUGAACAUCAUUCUAGUUCAGGUUCUGAAGCAUGAGUGGCCUGCUCGGUGGCCCAGAUUUAUACCGGAUCUCGUGUCAGCUGCAAAGAGUAGUGAAACUCUUUGCGAAAAUUGCAUGGUUAUUUUGAAGCUCCUAAGUGAGGAAGUUUUUGACUUUUCUCGGGGUGAGAUGACGCAAAACAAGAUCAAAGAGCUCAAGCAUUCACUUAACAGUGAAUUCCAACUGAUACACGAGUUGUGUCAGUAUGUCCUGUCCGUCUCUCAACGGCCCGAGCUAAUUCGAGCUACGUUGGCCACUCUGCACGCCUUCCUAUCCUGGAUUCCUCUGGGAUAUAUCUUUGAGUCAUCUUUGCUGGAGACUCUUUUGAAGCUUUUCCCAAUCGUGGCCUACCGAAAUCUUGCUCUGCAGUGCUUGACGGAGGUGGCUGUCCUUAGCUUCGGGGAUUUCUAUGACUCUCAGUUUAUCAAGCUCUAUACAAUCUUUAUGGCCCAGCUGCAGAUUAUUUUACCUCCCGGAACACAUAUCCCAGAAGCAUAUGGCAGUGGUUCCGAUGAAGACCAGGCUUUCAUACAGAACUUGGCUCUUUUCUUUACGUCCUUUUACAAGUCCCAUAUCGGAGUGAUGGAGGCAACCGCAGAGAACCAAAGCGUUCUUUUAAUGGGUCUUGACUACCUUAUUGGGAUCUCGUACGUGGAUGACACCGAAGUAUUUAAGGUUUGUUUGGACUACUGGAAUUCUUUAGUCUGUGACCUUUUCCAGUCCGAGUGUAACAUGGAAACACCAGCCACCGCAAGUCCUUUGGGCCUACAGGUUGGUCUUGGUGUAACCAUGGGAGACGGUCUCGGUUCUCAGUUGUCACACCGGAAGCAGCUUUAUUCUGGGCCACUGUCAAAACUCCGACUGCUCAUGAUUAGCCGGAUGGCCAAGCCUGAAGAGGUUUUGAUCGUCGAAGACGAGAAUGGUAACAUCGUACGAGAGACAAUGAAGGACAACGACGUUCUUGUCCAAUAUAAGAUCAUGCGAGAAACUCUGAUCUACUUGUCCCAUCUGGACCACGAAGACACUGAACAGCAGAUGCUGAAGAAACUGAACAAGCAGUUGAACGGAGAAGAAUGGGCUUGGAAUAAUCUGAACACUCUUUGCUGGGCUAUAGGAUCCAUUUCAGGAUCCAUGGUUGAAGAUCAGGAAAAUCGAUUCCUAGUGACGGUCAUACGUGAUUUACUCAAUCUUUGUGAGAUUACUAAGGGCAAAGAUAACAAGGCGGUGAUCGCCAGCAAUAUCAUGUAUGUUGUGGGUCAAUAUCCGAGGUUUCUAAGAGCCCAUUGGAAGUUUUUGAAGACUGUUGUAAUUAAACUGUUUGAGUUCAUGCAUGAGACCCAUCCAGGUGUACAGGAUAUGGCUUGUGAUACGUUCCUGAAGAUUGUUCAGAAGUGCAGACGAAAGUUUGUAAUUCUUCAGGUCGGAGAAACGGAACCUUUUGUUUGUGAGCUAUUGAAGGGAUUGCCAACCACUAUUCUUGAUCUUGAAAGCCAUCAGAUUCACACCUUUUACGAAGCUGUCGGAUUCAUGAUUCAAGCCGAAGGAGACUUACAACGACGAGAUGAAUAUCUCCAAAAACUGAUGGAGCUUCCUAACCAGAGAUGGGCAGAGAUCAUUGGCCAAGCUCGCCAAAGUGUUGAUUACUUGAAAACUCAAGAUAUUAUCAAGGCCGUUCUUAACAUUCUUCAGACAAACACGAGUGUGGCGAGCUCCCUGGGCCAAGCUUUCCUUUCCCAAAUCUCCCUAAUCUACUUGGACAUGUUGAAUGUGUACAGAAUGUACAGCGAGCUUAUAUCUAGUAGCAUCGCAGAUGGAGGCCCUUAUGCUUCACGGACUGCUUACGUGAAACUUCUGCGGUCUGUCAAGCGAGAGACGCUGAAGUUGGUAGAAACUUUUGUGGACAAAGCAGAAGACACGGAACUGAUUGCCAAGCAGUUUGUCCCAGCAAUGAUGGAUCCUAUCUUGGGGGAUUACGCAAGAAAUGUCUCUGACGCGAGAGAGUCUGAGGUGCUCUCCCUAUUUGCAACCAUUAUCAACAAGUUGAAGGUGGCUAUGAUUGAGGAUGUUCCUCGAAUAUUCGAAGCUGUCUUUGCUUGCACGUUGGAGAUGAUCACUAAAAAUUUCGAGGAUUACCCCGAACAUCGGCUGAAGUUUUUUUCGCUGCUAAGAGCAAUAGCCAGCCACUGCUUUCGUGCUCUGUUCACUCUCUCAAGCCAGCAACUCAAGCUUGUCAUGGACUCAAUAAUCUGGGCUUUCCGACACACGGAGCGAAAUGUGGCUGAAACUGGUCUCAAUUUACUGCUGGAGAUGCUCACUAAUUUCCAGGCAUCAGAGUUUUGCAAUCAGUUCCAUCAGACGUAUUUCUUGACUAUCGAGCAAGAGAUUUUUGCGGUGUUAACAGACACAUUCCACAAACCUGGAUUUAAGCUCCAUGUCCUGAUACUACAACAUCUUUUCUGUUUGGUUGACUCCGGAGCACUAACGCAACCCUUAUGGGACGUGAGCGCCCUUGGUGCGGCUGCCUAUCCAAGUAAUAUGAACUUCGUUCGUGACUACACUAUAAAGCUCCUGGGCAGCUCAUUUCCCAAUAUGACACCACUGGAGGUGACGACAUUUGUGAAUGGUCUUUUUGAGACAAGAAAUGACUUGGGCGCUUUCAAGAAUCAACUACGAGACUUCUUGAUACAGUCCAAAGAGUUUUCUGCUCAGGAUAACAAGGAUUUGUAUGCGGAAGAAGCCGCUGCGCAAAGAGAAGCGGAAAGGAGGCGGAUGUUGACAAUACCAGGUCUGAUUGCCCCGAGCGAGCUGCAGGACGAGAUGGUCGAUACAUGACAUUGACCUGUUCUAUCUCAGUCCCGUGCUUGGUUUCCAGGGGAAGGUUUGGAAGGUAGCUGUGUUCGACUCAGCGGGCACCCAUGAUCUCUGGUCCUUACAGAUAGGAGCACCUCGCAGGGUAGGCAGUUUUUGUGAAGAAAAGCAGAGCAUAUGCUACCAUUAAUUUCAUCUCAUUGGUUGGAAAGGUGCGAAUAGAGGAGCUUGCAUCUUUUUGUACGUGAGAUCGGGAGUCUUUGACUCUCGCUUGAGCACAAGUUAUGUAGGGGGCUGUCCAUAACUACUAGUGAUGCCUCUGGGCAGGGUUGAGAGUGCGUUGUGCAGGUUCAGGUUUUGUUGCCUGGUAAAUUACCCUGCCUGUAGAGCUUCUCACAGACUCCGCCUUCAGUGGUUGAAGUAGGGAUCGCUCCUUUCAAGUAGGUUACCCCACAGCAGACAAGCUGUAGAUGGACGCGCACCAUGUAUGCAACUGAGAAAUUCAUCUGAUUGUGGAGCAUCCAACGAAUAGGAUAUUAGUCUGUGGGCUGAGAUGGUGGAAACGUUGGUCAGUGCCAUAUGCUCCAUGCUUGCAAAGGAUAUAUGCGAGUUGUCAAUGAUUUGUCAAAUUUUGAUCUUUCACCAUCUCAUGUAACUUACGUACAGUAUAUCAACAAAGCC